AGGAGCAAGUCAUCCACCAGCGUGUGGAGCAGGUCCGCGAGGUGCCGGUGCCUAUGGUGCAGGAGCAAGUCAUCCACCAGCGUGUGGAGCAGGUCCGCGAGGUGCCGGUGCCUAUGGCGCAGGAGCAAGUCAUCCACCAGCGUGUGGAGCAGGUCCGCGAGGUGCCGGUGCCUAUGGUGCAGGAGCAAGUCAUCCACCAGCGUGUGGAGCAGGUCCGCGAGGUGCCGGUGCCUAUGGUGCAGGAGCAAGUCAUCCACCAGCGUGUGGUGCAGGUCCGCGAGGUGCCGGUGCCUAUGGUGCAGGAGUCGGUGGUCCACGUACCCAAGGUGAUCACGCAAGAGCGCAUGCACCACUUCUAUGUGGAGGAGCCGGUGGACAUCCCAGUGAAGCAGCCCGUUGAGACGCAGGCUGAGGAGUGAGCGGGAUUGACCCGCCGAUUGCCGCCUCAGCUUGAAGCAGGAAAAGAGACCCCGCAAAACCACCCCCCCA